AUGGAGGCACUUUCAUCAAUGGAAGAAUUCUGUAAUCUGGAUCGGGACAUUGAGGGAUCCGCCAAGAGCUGGAAGAAGUUUGUGGAAUCAGAAUGUCCUGAGAAGGAAAAGUUCCCCCAGGAGUGGAAGAACAAGACAGCCCUGCAGCGCCUCUGCAUGAUAAGAGUCCUGCGACCCGACCGGAUGACCUAUGCCCUGCGAGAUUUUAUUGAGGAGAAGUUAGGAAGCAAAUACGUGGUGGGAAGAGCACUGGACUUCGCAGCCUCUUUUGAAGAAUCAGGACCAGCCACGCCCAUGUUCUUCAUCCUGUCUCCAGGGGUGGACCCCCUAAAGGAUGUGGAAAGUCAAGGCAAAAAACUCGGAUAUACCUUCAACAACCGGAACUUCCACAAUGUGUCUUUGGGGCAAGGACAGGAGGUCGUGGCUGAGGCCGCGCUGGACCUGGCUGCCAAGAAAGGCCACUGGGUUAUUUUGCAGAACAUCCACCUGGUGGCCAAGUGGCUCGGCGCCCUGGAGAAGAAGCUGGAGGAGCACAGUGAGAACAGCCACAGAGAGUUCAGGGUCUUCAUGAGCGCGGAGCCUGCCCCCUCGCCCGGGAGCCACAUCGUCCCCCAGGGCCUCCUGGAGAACGCCAUCAAGAUCACCAGCGAGCCACCCACGGGCAUGCAUGCCAACCUGCACAAGGCCCUGGACAACUUCACUCAGGACACCCUGGAGAUGUGUUCCCGGGAGACGGAGUUUAAGAGCAUCCUCUUUGCACUUUGUUACUUUCACGCUGUGGUGGCAGAAAGACGCAAGUUUGGACCCCAGGGGUGGAAUCGCUCCUACCCCUUCAACACCGGGGACCUCACCAUCUCUGUGAACGUGCUCUACAACUUCCUGGAGGCCAACGCCAAGGUCCCCUACGAUGACCUGCGGUACCUCUUCGGUGAGAUCCUGUAUGGGGGCCACAUCACCGAUGACUGGGACCGGAGACUCUGCAGAACCUACCUGGAGGAGUUCAUCAAACCAGAGAUGCUAGAGGGAGAGCUGGCCCUGGCACCAGGGUUCCCACUGCCCGGCAACAUGGACUACAGUGCCUACCACCAGUACAUCGAUGCCCAGCUGCCCCCAGAGUCGCCCUACCUGUACGGCCUCCACCCAAACGCUGAGAUUGGCUUCCUGACCCAGACGUCGGAGAAGCUCUUUCGCACGGUGCUGGAGCUGCAGCCCCGGGACAGCCAGGCUGGAGAAGGAGCAGGAGCCACGAGAGAAGAAAAGGUCAAGGCAGUCCUGGAGGAAAUACUGGAGCGGGUGACAGAUGAGUUUAACCUCCCAGAGCUGAUGGCCAGGGUGGAGGAGCGCACCCCCUACGUGGUCGUGACACUCCAGGAGUGCGAGCGGAUGAACUUGCUCACCAGACAGAUGCAGCGCUCCUUGCGGGAGCUGGACCUUGGACUAAAGGGAGAGCUGACCAUGACCAGUGACAUGGAGAGCUUACAGAAUGCCCUGUACCUGGACACGGUGCCAGAGUCCUGGGCCAGACGAGCCUACCCCUCCACGGCAGGCCUGGCAGCCUGGUUUAUGGACCUGCUUAACCGGAUCAAGGAGCUGGAGGCCUGGACAGGCGACUUUGCCAUGCCCUCGACUGUGUGGCUGACGGGCUUCUUCAACCCCCAGUCCUUCCUGACGGCCAUCAUGCAGUCCACGGCCCGCCGGAACGAGUGGCCCCUGGACCAGAUGACCCUGCAGUGUGAUGUGACGAAGAAGAACAGGGAGGAGUUCAGGAGUCCCCCGCGGGAAGGGGCCUACGUGCAUGGCCUCUUCAUGGAAGGCGCUCGCUGGGACACCCAGGCUGGGAUCAUCGCCGAGGGGAAGCUGAAGGAGCUGACACCCCCCCUGCCUGUGAUGUUCAUCAGGGCUGUCCCUGUGGAGAAGCAGGACUGCCGCGGUGUCUAUCUCUGUCCUGUGUACAAGACCCGUCAGCGGGGACCCACCUACGUGUGGACUUUCCAGCUGAAGACUAAGGAGAAGCCAUCCAAGUGGGUUCUGGCCGGAGUCGCCUUGCUUCUGCAGGUUUAGCUUCCUGCAGAACCCCCGAGGAAGCAAAGUUGGGCUGGAGGCUGCCCAGAGGGACUGGUGGGUGAGGGCUAAGACCACAGCCAUAGAGAAAGAUAAGAAAUGGAUAGUACUCACAGUUCUGAAGACUUCCUUUGGGGAACUCGAGAGAAGUGCCUAAAGUGAGGUUGAGCUGGAGGAGAAUGGACCUAGGAACUAGGAUAGAAGAGUUUCCUAACACUGGCCCUUUCCUAAUAAAGUGAUUUGCUCUUCAACUGUG